GCAAGUCUAAAGAGUAUUGGCGAUGCAGAAAGAGGAGGGAGGGUGGUCUGGUCUCUCUUCCAAAUCCAAAGUUUCGUUUGGAGUGGAAAAGGAUAAAGAGGAAGGAGGGUCUAGGGUUUGUUCUUCUGUUUUAUUUAUCUUUGUUCAUCCCAAUUUUUAUAUAUAAAUUCGAUCAUUCUAUUCUUUCCCUCCCCAUUUAUCUUUGAUGGUGGGGAGGAGAACAAGAGAAAAACUUUUUCCGUAGUCAUGGCUGUAGCUGAAGCACGUAAACAGCAAAGAUAUCAUCCUUUCUUUCUUCGCUCUUUUCGUCCUCUGGAAAGUGUGUUUGUUUGUUGAACUUUUUUGUCUUGGUCUUUCGUGAAAUCUCUGAAACUUGUCUUUCUUUGUCUUCGAUUUUUGGGGCUUUUAUCUUGUAUCGUCGAGGAUUGGAUUCGUUGUUGGGAUGGCGUCGGUUCAGAAACAAGAGAUUGAAGAAGACGACGAAAGAAGGACGACUGCUGAUCCCACAACAAACGAUGGAGGUGGCGAAAGCGAACCCGCUCCUGCUCAUGACGGAGACAACGUGCAGAAUAGGGUGGAAUCUUCUAAUCCCACGGAGGCCGAACAACCGUCGCCUGCGACUGUUUCCGUUAGCUCGCAGCCUUCAGCACCGGUACCGAUAAUGUCCUUGAAAGAAGAACCCACGGAAACGGAGCAGGACAUGGAGGAGCGGCCACAGCCCAUUGGGGUUGUCCCGGUGGCUAUGCAGAUGCAGGUGCCCGUGCCUAUGCCUAUGUCCAUGCCUUUGCAGAUAAGAAAAACGGCGGUUCCAGGAAGAAGGGCCUCCACGAAAGACCGUCAUACGAAGGUUGAAGGUCGAGGACGGAGGAUCCGGAUGCCGGCAGCUUGCGCGGCCAGGAUUUUUCAGCUAACCAGGGAACUGGGUCACAAGUCCGACGGAGAGACGAUUCGAUGGCUCCUCGAACAUGCUGAACCCGCCAUCAUCGCCGCUACGGGGACCGGCACUAUACCUGCUAUCGCCAUGUCCGUCGGUGGCACACUUAAGAUCCCAACUACGUCUUCGGCUUCCGACGGAGACACCACGAAGAAGAAGAGGAAGCGGUCUGCAACGAGUGAAUAUUACGACGUUAGCGGUGGAGUCUCUAUUUCUUCGGGUCUCGCUCCUAUAGGAGCCACUGCAGUUGCUGCGGGACCCCAAGGGUUUGUCCCCAUGUGGGCUGUGAGUAGUGGCGGAAGGGUGACACCAUCCAACGCCGUGGCAGCCGGAACUUUUUGGAUGAUCCCUCCUACUACUGCCAUUGCCGGACCUUCGAACCAACCUCAAAUAUGGACGUUUCCAGCAGGCGCGACGCCGCUCAUCAACAUCUCCGCGAGACCCAUUUCGUCGUUUAUCUCAGCGAUGCAGCCUGGAAUUAAUAUAGCUACUCCUAUUGAAGUUCAGACUCCGUCCGUUUCCAAUAACGCAACAGCAUCUUCUGUGUUAUCCACGGGAGCAAAAGCAGCCAAAACUUCCACGAUGGCUCCGAGCACAAGUUCUACCACCACCGCUGCUACUACUACUACUACUACUACCACCACCCAGAUGCUGAGAGACUUCUCUUUGGAAAUCUACGACAAACAGGAGCUUCAGCUAAUGGGUCGUUCGGCAAAUAAUCGGCAACAUGAUCAUACACCAUCUUCUUCCAAGUAACGAGUGCAGGGAAGAUCGUAUCAGAACUUUCAACCCUGCAAAGCAGAGGUUUUUUUUUUUUUUUUUUGUUAUAUGGGUUCGGUGCUUCGAAGGGCUUUGUCCAUUUUUUAUCAGAUAUCCCAAUCUUCGGUGAUUCCGCCAUUAACGACCUUCGUUCUUUGUCCCCUCCCUCCCUUCUUUUUUCCAGUUUUUUUGUUUUGUUCUCCUUUCAUUUUUUUUUUCCCUCUCCCUCCCCCCUUCCUCCGCAGUCCGCAGUCCGCAGCGCAGUCCACAAAGAUGGAGAGGGUACGGUCGGGUCUGCACGUGCGCACGUGUGUAUUUAUCCGUAUACGUGUAGAGAUCGGAUCGGGUUAGGCGGAGGAGUCUGUUGAGGUAGGGACUAGGGAGGGUGGUGGGUCAACAAGUGAUGUUAGGGGUGCUCCGUGGACUGUGUCGAAUUGGUUUCACGUGGGCCACCACCUGUCCAUCAUGUGAUGGCCGGCGCGGGCCCCAAGAGGAACUUGUGGGGUCCAACAGCUUCUCUCCUCUCUCGAGGCGGCCGCGUGGUGGUCCCCGCUCGCUUUUUGGUGUGUUUCUUUUGGGUGGUUCGAUCGAGAUGAGAAGAAAGUUUUUAGACUGGCUCUGCCGACACGCGUAUGGUGCUUAGCUGUUAACGUGGGGACCAUUCCAUCUUCAAUCUGACACGUGGACCCGAGGCCCUUGCGGAGAGAAUAUCCGUUAUUGCGUCCUUACAACGGGAUGAUGGUGCAUCAGAUACGGUGGAUCCGUCCAGUUAUUUUCUUUAUCAGAGCAUGGAACACUGCAUCUAUGUGUAAUCGUAGCAUAUUAGUUUUUCUUCAUUUUUCUCCGCUAACCAAAUUCCAAAAAUAAAUAUAGAUAGGUUUUCUUUUUUUUUUUUGGUUUAA